CCAAUGGAACAGCAGAUGACAUCACAAACUUUUAUCCCAGGCAUCAUGCUUUGGUAACCGUCAUCAGUUAUUUUCUCCUCCAUUUCUUUGGUUUGUUAUAUUUAUUCACAUUGAAACUACCGUUGACGCAGUUCAUGUUCCUUUAAUAACUUCGGCAUCUGCAAGGAAGGUAUGCACACAGAUGGGAUUCAUAUGCCUGUUUACAGCAACAGCAGCACCAGUUAUGGUGCAAUCAACUUCCCUCUGCUUUUACAGAAAACAGAAGGAAGAGGAAAACGACACAAAAUCAUAUCUUAAUGAAAACAACGAUACCACUGAUUUUACAGAUCAUUUAUUUAAAACAAAAUACAGAAGGAGACGCAAGAAAGCUAGCCAAAACUCCAGCAACUUAGUCCCCUCCAUGUUGAUCGUACACUAUGGUUUCCAUUUUUGUGUGACGUUUUCACCAUUAAGCUGAUAACCAAAUCCAAAGUUAUAUUCCUCAUGAGAGGUUUACCAGGAUCAGGAAAAAGCACCAUAGUGAGAUCCAUUACAUCAACUUACCCAGGCUGUGUUGUGUGUUCUGCAGAUGAUUAUUUCAUGAAAGAUGGUGUUUAUAAAUUUGAUGCCACUCAAUUAAGUUAUGCUCACUCAGCAUGCCAGGAGAAGGCUAAAACAGCAUGCUGUGAUGGGGUGGCUGUUGUGGUUAUAGACAAUACAAAUAUCCGCAGGUGGGAGAUGAAUUUCUACUUAGAACUUGCCCGUCACAAUGAUUAUGUUGUUGUACCAGUUCAACCAAAGACUGCAUGGAGGCUUAAUCCUGUAGAGCUGGCCAAAAGAAACAAACAUGGUUUGACAGAAGAUAUUUUGACAAGAAAGGUAAAGCAGAUUGAGGAUGUCAUUCCUCUCUUCUAUGGAUGGUUUCUGAGAGAUACAGCGUCUUCAGAACUUAUUUUCAUUAGCAAAUGUGUGUUACAACAAUGUUUACUGCAGAUACCAGACCUAGCAGAUAGACUUCUAAGGCAGCUUUCUUUAUCAAGAAAAAAUAUAAAUGAUUGGGAUCAUUUAUGGAGCAUCCUGCAAGAGUAUUAUAUCAGCCCCAACAGGUCAGGCUCUUUGAUGCACUGUACAGCGAAAUACUGUGGACGAGGUCAAAAUCUUGCUGAAGGGGCAUACCUGUAUCAUAAAGAUCCCAGAGUACAAGACUCUGUUGGCCAGGCAUUCACACUUGUAAUCACAUCCAUCUGCUAUAGCCCCCGUACUGUGGGUGCCAGAGUCAGCCUGGAUGAUGCCGAACUGAAAUUAUUUGACAAGCCAGAAGAGAGAGAAUGGAGGAAUGGCAGGUCAGCAACAGCAGCAGCAGCAGCAGCAGCACACCUGAGUGGCAAUAAGACCUCACCAAAGGUUCGAAAAACAUUCCCUAAGAAAAGAAAAUUUCAUGAUCCAGCUGUGGAGCAUAGUUUCCCAAGGGAUUAUUCACCUAGCCUGACUGACAGUGAAAUAAGUCAGGCAUCUGGUGAUAAAGCCUUCUCAGAAUGCCCUCUAAAGGAGGCAAAACAAGGUAGAAGUGCCCAUAUUACUCUGGGAAUGGCUCGUGGAAUGCAAGCAAGGGAAACAACCUUUGAUGUGUUACGUCUGUGUGACAUGGAGGUUGAACGGCCUUCCACCAGCUCUGACUUUUUGCUGGUUACUGGGGGCAGACUUCGUUACUUCGGUGAUGGUAUUUGCUGUGUUUAUUUUUCUAAGCCUUUGUAUGUUCGUGUGUUAUUUUCAGGCUAUUAUUGAUUAAUUAAAGUAAAAUUUCGUAGUCUGUCGGUCUAGUUACUACUUGUUUGCACUUUGCACUUGUUUGCCUACCACUGAAAGAUGCUGACUUGAGGUGGGACAGUUUGGGUUAUAGACUCAUGCAUUUUAACUCUACCUCCAGCUUUUCCCGAAAAUUUUACAAUUGAUAUUUUGCUGCUGUAUCUUUCUAAUCCACAAUGACAUGUUCUGUAUAUUAUUUCUUUAAAACAUUUGUUGGGGAGGGAGAGGCUGUCUCAUCCUAGGCAUUUAUAUGGUCCCUUAUGAAACAACAGCAGGACUUACAGAUUAUUUUGCUAGUAAAAGUCUACUGAUUCUUUCUUUGUUUCAACUGUGGUUGCAACUUUUUCACUGUUGAGACCUUAUAAAAUAUUGGUAGAAAGAAUAUUCCCACUGUUUGCUUUUGAAGAAUUUUUCAACAAGUUAAAAGAGCUAUAUCCUUGAAUUAUUUGCAGAUAGAUCAGCUUUUUUCUGCUGCUUUUAUAUUUAAAAAAAAAACCUGUAAUCUAAAAGUUAAUAAUUUUUUUUAUGUAUGAUGAUGCUAGUGUGAAUUCUUAUUCCACUAUUGUUCAUGCAAUGGUCUAAAGGGGAGCAAAUCCUGCAGUGUUCAAGCAUUCUCAUUUUUGUUAUGUGUACAUCUAUGUUUUUGUAUGUGCUCUUUUUAAGACUUACAUAAUGAUUGUCCUCCUUGCACUUCAUUCUGUUACUGAUUUCAGCUUUUUGUGGUAGAGAGCACAAGAGCAAUGGAAUGGCACUUUAACAAAAUUUUUUUUGAGCCAUGGUCAGUGAUGCCAUAAUGUUUAUUUUACCCUCACACUCAAACCAGCUGAUAUACACAACACUGCUUUGGUCUAGCUCUCAGUAUAACUCCAGGUAGUUCUAGAUCCUUCUAGCAGUUUAUUGUAUGCAUGUGCAGGUGACUGCCGUAAAUCUUGCAGCCCAGAAUAUUUUAUGCCAGAGAGUGUAUGCAUGAAUGAUAAUUGUUUUCUAGACUUUUCUUCCGAUGCCCUGCAUAAGCAAAGAGAGGGAGAGAGAGGAUGGGUAGUCAGAAAGUAUACAGAGACUAUGCAAGGAUUAUUAGUCAGGGUUGUGUCACAUUUUGCUGGCAUAUGUUGUUAGUGUAAGGAAUGUUUCACCUUUAGUCAGCAUGUCAUUGAUGUUCAGUGUUUCAGCAUGUGUUUUGCCUUUACUAGUGUGUGUUUCUGUUGAUUGUGCAUUCAGAGAUCAUUGCAUGUAAAAGCUGUAAAUAGAUGUGUUUGAAGUUCAACAAGAAAUGAGUGGACUAGGUUUGACACAAAGGCUGUCGCUGUAGAUUCCAGGAACCACAAGCCAUUGAUUACAUAAGUGCCUGGGUCUUAUGCAUCAUUGUCAUUAACAUCAUCUUUCCACCCUUCAUUGUAAAAUCCCUUUUUUCAGAAAAAUGAUAUUUUAGCAUAUUUUCAACUGUGCACAAAACCAUCCGCGGUUGGGUGGAUUCAUACAGUAGAAGUGCAAAUUUAGUAAACACAUUUUGCGAUAAUGUAUGUGUGCAUGUGUGUGCAUGUAUAUAUUGUGUCAUCAUGUGUCAUUAACAGAACACUAGCUGACAAUGAAACAGCAGCAUGCAAGGAAUUCCAUUGCAAUAAAAACUAUAUUGGUCUAAAUGUGACAUGCCUUCUAUGUGUGAUGUGCAUUAAUAAUGCAAUGCUCAAAAUUGUUUUCAAAUGCAGCAAGUAUGUAGGUUCCUCCUCACCAGAUUAAUUAUUUGGAGAAAAGCCCACAACAUUAAUUCCAACAUUCCUUGCAUAGUGUGUUUUAACCUCAUCAAGGUUUGUGAAAUGCUUCCAGUGUCAUCCAAACAAACUUUGAUAUAAAUCAUGGGAAAACUUCUUUAAAGAAUACAAUGACUGGAUACAGAAGGUCGUAUAGAGAUACAUGUUAAGAUCAGAUUUUGUCAUGCAGUAUUUCCUUCAUUUUCCCCCUUGUGAAGCCCUUACUAUUUAUAAUUCAUGUUUUGAUGAUUAAGUUUUACUAUUAUUUAUGACAGGUUUCAUUACAUGGGGGAUAACAGCCACUAUAUAAUAACUGAAUAUUAUUACACUUAAUGAAUGUUGAGCAUAUGAGGAAAGCAUGUGAGAGGGGAUAGGGCAGGAUUGAUUCACAAGAAUAAUGUCACUCUAGCAGUCUUAAAUUGCUUUAUCAUUUAUACAAAAGAAAUUCUGAUGCUUUCUGAAAAAUUCAUAUUUAAUGAGGGAUUUUACAUUAUUUUCAUCAGCAUCUCAUGUCUACCCAGUUUUAGCAUUAUUUAAAUUUAUUCCUGAAGAAAAUGUUCAAGUGAUUUGUUGCAAUUUAUUCAGUAGGGUUAAAUUUUCCAUCACAUUCAUCUGGGGCAAAUGAACAUUCUGUGAUACAUUUGUUAAUAUCUGUUCUUGUUGCCAAGUUUUAAUACUUAUACUUACAUGUUUAUAUCUGUACAUAUGUCAAUGAGAGUGUUGUCCCAGUUGCAUGAUUACUAUUGAGUGGGUGACAGGUACUGCUUUAGGAAAGUAACAAAGAAUUUUGAAUAUGAAAUUAAUCAACA